AUGGACCGAAUUUUGCGUGGUGUUAUCAAGUAUCGGCAGACCGUUCGAAAGGAUUUGGUCAAACAAUUUGAGAAGAUUCGCGAUAAUCCUAAUCCGCUAGCCGUGAUGUUCACUUGUAUGGAUUCGCGUAUGUUGCCGACUCGAUUUACCCAGGCUGCGGUUGGGGAUAUGUUUGUCGUCAGGAAUGCCGGGAAUAUUGUGCCCGAUGCACAGAAUUAUGGCCAUCACUCGGAAGUCUCCGUCACUACAGAACCAGCCGCAUUGGAGCUGGCAGUGAAGAGAGGAGGGAUCAAGCACGUCCUCGUUUGUGGGCAUAGCGAUUGUAAAGCAAUGAAUCUGCUCUACGAUUUGCACGUUUGCCCGAAAGAAUUCAGUGCGGCCUCGCCGAUGGACAGUUGGGUGCGGAAGAAUGGAUAUAAAAGUAUACAGCGAUUAAACGACCGUCUCCACAAUGGUCCUCGAGCGAUGAAAUUCUCGUCGGACGUCUCUCCUAGCCAAACUUUUGAAGCGAUUAUCGAUCCGUUUGAUAAACUCCACGUUCAUGAUAAGCUAUCACAGAUCAACGUCCUCCAGCAAAUCAUCAACAUUGCUUCUCAUGAAUUUUUGAAGGAAUAUUUGGAGAGCGGAAAACUCUUCCUGCACGGAAUGUGGUUCGACAUCUACUCGGGGAAUAACUAUUUGUUCAGCAAGGAUGAUAGGAGAUAUGUUUCGAUUGAGGAAAAAACGGUUGAAAAACUGAUGGCCGAAUUGGAGAAACGUCGCUGUCUUGGUUGUGGUGCUUUCGGCACUGUAUCUCGUGAAUCGAGGGAUGGAAGGAUUGUGGCUGUGAAACGACUGAAAUAUUCUCCUCAUCCCACCCACCUCCGCCGUGAAAUCGAAAUUCUUGAAAGUCUUUGCCAUCCUAAUAUUGUGGAAUAUAUCAAAUAUGAAGAAGGCGAUGGAGGGCAACCAGGAAAUAUUGUCACUGAAUAUUGCGAACGUGGAGACCUAAAGACAUUCAUAAAAAACCCGGAAAAGAGCUAUUCGAUUUCUGUUGUGGUCGAUUGGGCAUGUGAAAUAUUUGAGGCAUUGCUCCAUCUCGAGAGAAAAGAGAUCUUCCAUCGCGAUAUCAAACCUUCGAACAUGCUGCUGGGUAAUUCGUAUGAAAUCAAACUCUGCGACUUUGGCCUGUCAAAAGCGGAGCUUGCAAAUAAUUCCUGUUACGGGGUUAUUGGAACAGUUCGAUACCUAGCCCCAGAAGCGUUUACCGACCAUAAAAAUCAGCAAAUCUAUACGUAUGCAAGUGACCUCUAUUCUGCCGGUUUGGUUCUCUGGGAAUGUAUCGAAAGACGUGAUGUCUUUCAUGAAACUGUCGGCCAUCAGAUGCUCCAAUCGCGUAUCUGUUCGGGGACUCCGUUAGAAAGAGCGAAUUGUCUAGGUCCUGUCGCUGAUCUUAUAGAAAAAUGUAUUCGCGGUGCGCCAGAAGAUCGGCCCAGUGCGGCAAAAGCAGGCAAAGAAGCAAAGCUCUUAAAAGAGGAGCCAUUUUAUCGAAUGUUCGGCAUAUGGCCGAUGUAUGCCAUUCCCGUGCCAGAAGAUACAGUUCGAUUGACCGUCAUCGGCAGAUGGGGCGACAUACCAGAAGAAGAAAAG